CAAAUAAAUGCUUUAUUCUGGAAUUUAUUCUGGAGAUGAGAAACGGUUGUUUGGAGUCGCGUUUGGAGUCACUCGGGAUCCAGCCGAUCGCGCGGAGCGCAGCUUUACCGCGUGCCGGACGUUACCGGAGGAGCGUGCCAACCGGCGCUGGACGCGGUGCAGGAGACGGGAGCGCGGACGCGGUCUUCUCCCCGUGCGCGUCGAGGGCGAUAGACUGCGUUGACGGGAUGCCGGGUGCGGGGAUUUGGGACACACUGGGCAUGUUGGUGCUGCUCCGGUUGCUCGCGUCGGGCGCUCUGGUGCUCGUUUUGACGCCCACGUGCCUCCUCGCGCACCCGCAGCCAUGCCAGAUCCUGAAACGCAUCGGGCACACGGUGCGAGUUGGGGCCGUGCAUCUUCAGCCCCGCGCUGUGACGCACGUUUCACAGAGGACGGAUUGGGACGCGGUCGGAGAAACAGCUUGGGAACGGUUCGAGUUGGUCAGGAGAAGUGGAAGUGACCCAGGUCUGAGUGCUGUUAGGACAAAAGGCUCCACGGCGAACCACAAACAAAGCGCGCAAAGUAAAAACGUGCACAGGCGAGUGGAGAGCGCGUUCCAACCCAGAGACUCCAUCUUCCUGGCCGCGGAGACCCUGAACCGAUUACCGGACCUGUUACCGUACAACCUGUCCCUGGAGAUAGUCAUGGCUGUGGAAAUAGGACUGGGUGAGCUGCCGGCUUUCUCCUUUUCCUCUUCACCUCCACCUGUGAGUUCCGACCCCAUGUCGUUCCUGCAGAGCGUGUGUCACACGGUCGUGGUUCAGGGAGUUUCAGCCAUCAUGGCGUUUCCUGAAAACAGAGACGAGUACGUCAAGUUGGAGUUCGUGUCCUCCACAAUGCACAUCCCGGUCAUCAGCGUCGUCCACAGCGAGUUCACGCGCCAGAGUCGGAACUCGCUCCAUUUUCAGAUGGCCAUGCAGAACCCCCAGACUCCUCAGGCAGACUUAAUCUACUCUCUUCUUUCCAUUAAUAAUUGGUACGAUGUGAGCCUGCUGAUGUGCCAGAACCUGAAUCUUUCCCAAUUCGUCUUUCUGCUUCGCAACAACUCGAGAUUUCACCUGGGCACCAUAUUCAACAUUUCCAGCAACAGCAGCAACAAAAAUGACUUCCAGACAUCGCUGCAGAGUCACAUGACCUCCAUCAAGGACAUAACAUCCACCAUUGUGACUUUCGGAUGUGACAUUCGGGACAUAAAGAGGAUCUUCAUAACAAUAGCAAAGCUUGGUUUAGUACUGCCAGUCUACCACUGGAUUAUAGGGGAUGCACAGAACGUGGAGGAGUUGAGGACUGACGGGCUGCCAAUGGGCAUUAUGGCGCAUGGGCGAAUGAGGCAGCCUGCUCUGGAUCACUACGUCCAGGACUCUUUGGAGUUUAUUGCCAGGGCUGUUGGAUCAGCUGCUACUGUGUCUCCAAAGCUGGCUCUUAUCCCUGGCAUCACAAACUGCAUGGUGAUUGAGGAUAGAAAUCUCACCUCAGGAAAAUAUCUGUCCAGGUUUAUGGACAACACAUCGUUUGAUGGGCUAAGUGGUUACAUUCAUGUUCAGGAUGGAUCCAUUAUCUCAGAAAGCCAUCACUUUAUUUGGAAUCUGCAGCAUGACCCAUUAGGGAACCCUGCAUGGACGCGACUCGGCAGCUGGAAGCAGGGUAAAGUGGUUCUAGACUAUGGUGUAUGGCCUAGCAAGAAACAUUCCCACCCAGAAGGCGAUAGGAGGCGUUCAUCCAGGUUGCACCUGCGGGUUGUGACUCUGGUUGAGCACCCGUUUGUAUUUACACGAGAGGUGGAUGACGAUGGUCAGUGCCCGGCAGGGCAGCUGUGCCUCGACCCGCUCACCAACGACACAGCGCUUCUUGAUGCCCUGUUCCAUGACCUGCAGUUGAGGAACAGCACAGUGCCCACUGAGCUCAAGAAGUGCUGCUAUGGAUAUUGCAUAGACCUGCUGGAGAAGCUGGCUGAGGAUGUGGGUUUUGACUUCGACCUCUAUAUAGUAGGAGAUGGGAAGUAUGGUGCCUACAAGAACGGCCGCUGGACAGGCCUGGUGGGUGACCUGCUGAGUGGUGCAGCGCAGCUGGCUGUCACUUCUUUUAGCAUCAACUCAGCACGCAGUCAGGUUAUAGACUUCACCAGCCCCUUCUUCUCUACCAGCCUGGGCAUCCUGGUGAGGACCAGAGACACGGCAGCACCCAUCGGCGCCUUCAUGUGGCCCUUACACUGGAGUAUGUGGCUGGGGAUUUUUGCAUCACUUCAUGUUACUGCUGUAUUUCUUACCCUGUAUGAGUGGAAGAGUCCAUUUGGGAUGACGCCUAAAGGCAGAAACAGGGACCGUGUCUUCUCCUUCUCUUCAGCACUCAAUGUUUGCUAUGCCAUCUUGUUUGGCAGGACAGCUGCCAUCAAGCCACCCAAGUGCUGGACAGGCCGCUUUUUAAUGAACCUCUGGGCCAUAUUCUGUCUCUUCUGCCUCUCCACCUACACGGCCAAUCUGGCUGCGGUGAUGGUUGGGGAAAAGACAUACGAGCAGCUUUCAGGUAUCCAUGACCCCAAGCUCCAUCAUCCAUCGCAAGGUUUUCGAUUUGGGACUGUACGAGAAAGCAGUGCUGAGGAUUACGUAAAAAAAAGCUUCCCGGAGAUGCACGAAUACAUGAGGCGAUAUAAUGUUCCUACAACCCCUGAAGGAAUAGACCACCUUAAAGAUGAUCCUCAGAAACUUGAUGCUUUUAUUAUGGAUAAAGCCCUCUUAGACUAUGAAGUGUCCAUUGAUGCUGAUUGUAAAACUCUUACAGUUGGGAAACCAUUUGCAAUUGAAGGCUAUGGCAUUGGUCUCAAACAGAACUCACCUCUGACUUCAAAUAUCUCAGAGCUGGUUAGCCAGUACAAGUCUGAUGGAUUUAUGGACAUGCUGCAUGAUAAGUGGUACAAAGUGGUGCCCUGUGGAAAGCGAAGUUUUGCUGUGACAGAGACUUUACAGAUGGGGAUUAAACAUUUCUCAGGGUUAUUCGUAAUGCUGUGCGUAGGAGUUGCUUUGUCUCUCCUCACCACUAUUGCUGAGCACGUUGUCCAUCGCUGGGUGAUACCAAAGAUGCAGAACAAGCCACAGUACUGGCUUCAUACAAGUCAAAGGCUGCAUCGAGCACUUAACCCGACCUUCAACGAAGACAAAUUAUCAACUGUUGCAAAACCGGAAAAAAGGUGCAACAUUGGGAACAACCAGCAAAAUCUCUGGAACGUCUGUGAAAACUCAGUCUGCACUGGUCACUCCAAUCAAGAAGAGCAGCAGAACAACCUGGAGUGUUUGCAGUGUAAAGAGCUCCCUUCACAUUCUCCUCCUCCACCUUCUUCUUCUCCUGCUCAUCCUCCUCCUCCCGGUCCUCCCGUUCCUCCUCAACUUAAGAGACAGCUUCCUCUGCAGUCGAAUGGCAAAACAGACUCGCUGGGCCUUGCACACAGCCCCAUAGUGCAGGAGCUGACUGACCUGGAGACCCACAUUCAGAUCAUCAAGCAGCAGCUGCAGCUGGCCAUGAAGAAGAAAAGGGAGCUGGAACAGUACCAGAGAACCAACAUGGCUCCAGAGUCUUAGAGAAACAUCUGGAGCCGUUUUUUCGAGACAUCUGUGACUGUGCGAAGUUAACGACGGAUUGUUUUGCUUCCUAAGUCGAAGCUCUUCAUGUUCUUUGGCACAUGGUUUUAAAAGAGUAUAAUAUAUUUUCUCUUUGUUAUUUUUAUUUUUUUUCUCUUUUUGAUUGUUCUUCUCUGGACCAGUUGGUGAGCAGUGAGAAAUUUGGAUACAAACCCUCUCUUCGCUUUCUUUAACGGGAACUCUCUCUUUCUGUGUGUGUGUGUGUGUGUGUGUGUGUGUGUGUGUGUGUGUGUGUGUGUGUGUGGGGCCAAAGUGCUCUGUGCAUCAGAGCGUUAGAUGUUUAUUUGAAGGUGCCAGAUUAUGGUAUAUGAUAGCUCCUCCUGCAUAUCACUAUAAAGCACUAAACUGUUUUCUAUAAGGAAG